UGACAGCCAUUGUUUUCUGCAUACCAAAUGGGAGGCUUUAAGAAAGCUGGGCCCUGCAAGGAAGAGUCUCUCUUUGCUUCAGAAAAGUCACCACUCAACCAGAAAGUGCUCUGUCAAAACAAGGAGUCCAUCCUCGCAUAUACAGCCAUUUAAAAGAAAGUGAAAUAAGUUUAAAUGUAAUUCUGCAUUACACAUUAUAACUACAAUUAUUCUACAUUACAACUAUAACUUCUUCGCUAUGUGGGUGCUGCCACUCAGAUUGUUGAAGGACUGUGUACAGGUGGCGUGAUGUUUUCUUCUUUGGUUUUAGUUGUCGUUUAGCUUUGUUUUACAAGAACAAAAGAGGAAGGACCUCUCUCCUCCAACUCGACAGAGUGCUUCGGGCAAACCUCAAGGUUCAUGUGGUUUAUGGCCAGUGACUUCAGCCAGAGGCCGGAAGUGCUGUUGCUGUUACUUUGCAACUUGGGCGUUUCUUUUCCCUGAAGUCUUUGCUCAGAGGGACUGCCCACCAAGGACUUCUCCAGCUCUUCCCAGACCUGGAUGUCUGAGCCUCUCUCAGAGGUCUCAAAAUAGCCAGUUCUCCAUGCACACGUGAUUGCAUCACACUUGCUGCAAAGUGUGUUUAUGGCAGUCUGCUUUUGGGGUGUGGUAACUAUAGAGAGGCCAAGGAGGAUUGAGAAGUAGAGUGAUCUUUUGGACCAAGACGGUGGCUCCUGGUACACAUCUCAGGAUGAAGUCCCCUUGGAAAGUCCUCAAGGCUACCCCUUUGUUUCUUCUUCUGCUCUCUCACUCAUUGGCUUCUGUACCCUAUGAGGACCAGUCAGGUGCCAGCAACUCCAAUGGCCACAACUGUGCAGGGUGCGUGGUGGUGGUAUCUGUGAUUGAACAGCUGGCUGAAGUUCACAACUCUUCGAUCCAGGUGGCGAUGGAAAGACUGUGCAGCUACCUGCCUGAAAAACUCUUCUUGAAAACCACCUGCUAUUUCUUGGUUCAGAUGUUUGGAUCAGACAUCAUAAAACUACUCGGUGAAGCUAUGAAUGCUGAUGUGGUGUGCCAUGCUCUGGAAUUUUGCAAGCAGGAUGCUGUCCAAUCACAGUGUCAUCUCUACCCACUUCCCCAGGAGGCCUGGAAAUCUACACUGGAGAAGGCAAGACACAUCCUCAAGAGGUCCUCUACCAUGAAAUAUCCUAGAAGUGGUUCCAAUAUCUGUUCACUACCAUUUUUGGCCAAGAUCUGCCAGAAAAUUGAAUUAUCUAUAAAGAAGGCUGUGCCAUUCAAAGAUGUGGAUUCUGACAAAUACAGUGUUUUCCCAACAUUGCGGGGCUACCACUGGCGAGGCAGAGACUGUAACGACAGUGACAAGACAGUGUACCCAGGCAGAAGGCCGCACAACUGGGAUGUCCAUCAAGACUCCAACUGUAAUGGCAUUUGGGGUAUUGAUCCAAAAGAUGGCAUUCCAUAUGAGAAGAAAUUCUGUGAAGGUUCACAGCCCAAGGGAAUCAUUUUGCUGGGAGACUCAGCUGGGGCUCAUUUUCACAUCCCUCCUGAAUGGCUGACAGCUUCGCAGAUGUCUUCCAACUCCUUCUUCAACUUGCCAUCAGCUCUGACCGACGAGCUCAACUGGCCCCAACUCUCUGGUGUAACUGGAUUUCUGGACUCCACUAGCGGAAUUGAAGAAAAAUCCAUUUACCAUCGUUUGAGGAAAAGAAACCAUUGCAAUCACAGGGAUUACCAGAGUAUCUCAAAAAAUGGUGCAUCUUCCAGUAAUCUGAAGAACUUCAUAGAAAGCUUGUCUAGGAACCAGGCAUUGGACCAACCAGCCAUCGUAAUUUAUGCCAUGAUUGGAAAUGAUGUCUGCAAUGAGAGAGCUGACACAGUACCGGAAAUGACCACUCCUGAACAAAUGUACUCCAACGUCAUGCAAACUCUGAAGCAUCUGAAUUCCCAUCUGCCCAAUGGCAGCCAUGUUAUUUUAUAUGGUUUACCAGAUGGAACUUUUCUCUGGGACAGUUUGCAUGAUCAAUACCACCCUCUAGGCCAGCUAAAUAAAGACGUGACCUAUGCACGCUUCUUCUCCUUCCUGAGCUGCCUCCAGGUCAGUCCCUGUAAUGGCUGGAUGUCUUCCAACAAGACCCUCCGGAUUCUCACUUCACAGAGAGCAGAGCAACUCUCCAAUACACUGAAAAAAAUUGCAACCACCGAGACGUUCACAAACUUCCAUCUUUUCUACAUGGAUUUUGCCUUCCACGAAAUCAUAGAGGAGUGGCAGAGAAGAGGCGGCCAGCCGUGGCAGCUUAUUGAACCCGUGGAUGGAUUCCACCCCAAUGAGGUGGCCUCACUGCUGCUGGCAGAUCGUGUCUGGAAGAAGAUACAGCUCCAGUGGCCUCAUGUCCUGGGAAAGGAGAAUCCAUUCAAUUCUCAGAUUGAAGAAGUGUUUGGAGACCAAGGAGGACACUGAGUGUCUCCAGAAGGAGCACCACUGCAGACCAGAAAAGUGGAUAAACCCUCCUAUCCACCCACUCUAGGGUUUGCUGUGCCACAGGCCCAGAGGACCCUCUUCAGUACCCUUUCUGUAGACCACUUUUCUUUCAAUUGGAGACAGACCUGAAUGGCUGCCUCUGCUCAACACUGAAAUACUCUUUAAGAAAGUGCUUUGGGUUGUUUCUAGGUUCUGGCUAUUAUAAAUAAAGCUGCUAUGAACAUAGUUGA